AUGGGUGGCAAAGGUGGCGGAGGAGGUGGAAAGGGAGGCGGUGGUGGCAAGGGAGGCGGUGGUGGCAAGGGAGGCGGCGGUGGAAAAGGUAGUGGUGGUGGAAAUUCAAGCGGCGGCGGUGGCGGUGGUUCAGGAGGAUAUAUGAAGGCCCCUGGUGGGGAUGGAAGUUACAUAUCAAGAGGAGUAUUUGAGAGCAAUCCUCAGGCAUACUUCAGUGGUCUGCAUGGUGCAUCACAGCCAAACAAGUAG